AUGUCCGGCUCGCUCACCCACUUCCUCUUCGAAACAGCCAGCGGCUACGCCCUUUUCUCGGUCUCGCAACAGGAGGAAAUCGCGGCCAAGUCUAGAGCACUCCAGGAUGCAGUAACCGACUACUCGGCGUUCAGCCGGAUGGUCCAGCUCGCCUCCUUCAUCCCCUUCACAUCCGCCGCACAGGCACUCGAAAAUGCCAACGACGUCUCGGAGGGUAUUCUCAACCCGCACCUGCGGUCGCUGCUCAACCUCAUCAUUCCCGGUGCUGGGACUGGCAAGGCAGGCAAGAGCAACAAGGAGGCUAGUGCGGUCAUCUUGGGCGUGGCGGAAAGGGGAUUGGCGGGUGCUAUCCAGGGAGAGAUGGGGAUUGCGUGCGAUACGGGAGAGCGGGCGCUCGAGUUGAUUCGAGGCGCGAGACUGCAUCAGGAGAAGAUUUUGAGCAAGGAGGGGAUGCAGAAGGGCGAUGUGGCGAUUGCGCAGUUGGGGUUGGGUCACUCUUACUCUCGGAGUAAAGUCAAGUUCAACGUGAACCGGUCCGACAACAUGAUCAUCCAAGCCAUCUCCCUCUCCGACCAACUCGAUAAGGACCUCAACACCUUCUCCAUGCGCUGUCGGGAAUGGUACGGCUGGCAUUUCCCUGAAAUGUACAAGCUCGUUCCCGACUCGCACCAGUACGCUCAGCUCGCCGUGCUCAUUGGUGACCGGACCACCCUCACCGACGACUCCCUCCCCGAUAUCCAGGCCAUCCUCGACGACGAUUCCAUGCGCGCACGCAACGUCCUUGACGCCUCGCGCGCGAGUAUGGGAUCCGACAUUGGCGAGAUUGAUCUCAUCAACAUUAGCAACUUUGCGGAGCGGGUCGUCAGGCUCGCAGAGUACCGCAAGAGUCUCAGGAGGUAUCUCGUCGAAAAGAUGAAUGUGGUGGCGCCAAACUUGGCGGCUUUGAUUGGGGAGACGAUCGCCGCGAGGUUGAUCAGCCAUGCCGGUUCAUUGACCAACUUGGCCAAGUACCCCGCGUCGACGGUUCAGAUUCUCGGUGCCGAGAAGGCCCUGUUCCGAGCCCUCAAGACCAAGGGCAACACACCAAAGUACGGUCUCAUCUUCCACUCUGGGUUUAUCGGACGUGCCGGCGCAAAGCACAAGGGAAGAAUAUCACGAUUCUUGGCCAACAAGUGUUCGAUUGCGUGCCGUAUCGACUGUUUCUCUGACGUACCGACCAAGAAGUUUGGAGAGGCUCUGCGGGCUCAGGUCGAGGAGAGAUUAGCCUUCUUUGAGACUGGCGCACCAGUAUCGAAGAACGCAGACGCUAUUCAAAAAGCCUUGACGGCUAUCGCUGCCGACCUGGACGCGGAGGAUGACGAUGACGAUGAGGAUGGAGAUGUCAAGCCGGAGGAUAUCGAGAUGGCGGUAUCGCAGGUCGAAGCAGACAAGAAGGCCGCAGUAUCAGCACCGAUGGACCCCGAACUCGCAGCGAUGGCGGGCCUCGUAUCGACCCCUACCAAACCCACCAAAGUCAAGAAGGAGAAGAAGGACAAGAAGCGCAAGUCGGAGGCGAUGGAGGUGGAUGCGCCAGCGACACCGGCGGUAGCUGCGGAAGCGGGCGAGACUGAGGAGGAGAGGAAGCGGAGAAAGAAGGAGAAGAAGGAGAAGAAGGCCGCGGAGGCGGCGGCAGCGGCAGCUUCAGGGGGAGCGCCGGCAGGUGGGGAGAAGGAGAAGAAGAAGAAGCGCAAGUCGGAGGUGGCUGCGUAG